CCUAGGCUAGAAGGAGCAUUUUUAGUUGGGGAAUUUGUUGUAAAUAAGUGCCUUGCAGGAUCAUGCACCACUCUAGCAUGAAGGUGGACUUGUCCAACUUUUUCAAGGACGAACGCCGGCAGUCGUUGGUUUUCAUCGAUGCAACAUGGCAAAACAUCAAGGACGUUCAGGAUCAUAUUCAAAACCUCUUCAGUUUGAAGGACAUUAGCCUACUGACCACAGACGGGUGUUUUCUGCCCCCGAGGGAAUCAAUAAAAGUACUUAAAUCCGCCGAGGGACUAAAGGCCUUUCGGUUCGCUAAUCAUGACAGGGUCUCCUUCGUAAGUCCUGCUCCUGUGAAACCCAGCAAAAAGCGCAAGAAUCGCUCCGCCGAAGAAGGCUUUCACCUAGAUGCCUCUACUCCCCUCCGCCCAUCAAAGCGUUCGAAAAAUCAAGGCGACAAGAAAUGGAUUGAAACUGCGGCAGAAACAUCUCUUCUAAAAGCGGAGGAGCAAGCAAUCGAGACUCCUGGAUCUUUGGUGGAGUCAAAGCGAUCCAAUAAGAAAGACCAAAACAAAAAGACGCCUGAAGCUCAUACAAUUUCAUAUGCCACUGAGGAGGACCAGGGAGUGAAUAAGAAAAAGCGUUUCAGAAACAAGAACCACGAUAAAGCGUCUGAAGAUCCUUCGCCAACACUUCACUUGCCAGCUGCGCUGCAAGAGGAAGGGACGCCCGCUCCUUCGAGUAAAUCCAGUUGCACUCACCUGGAGAUAAAGAUCUCAAACAAGAAGAGUCACCCGAAAUCGCCUGCGUUUGAGACAGACAAAUCCACCGACAUGGAGCUGGAGAAAGCCGAAGAGGAGGAAGCAUCUGUUUCCACUCGUGAACUUUCCAACGAAAAGACCCUCUCAGGAUUUCCUGAAAUUACGUCGGAAACAUCCCAUUUAAAAGAUGUGGAUCAGAAGAAGCAGACCCCCAAAAAGCGAAAACGUUCCAAAAACAAGAACUCUUCGAAACAGUCGGAGACUUCGGUCAAUACUGCGGAGCUAACGGAGGCCCAUUCUCGUCCAACGGUUAGAUUUUAUUGCCCUCUCUUAGAGCUAGACCCCAAUAUUCCACGCGUAUUCGAAUUUCCAAAAAAAAAAACCGAUGUUAAAAUUUUAGAAAAUAUAUUACUUAAACCCAUUGACUUAAACCAAAUGGCAGUCAAUGGCAAAGAAUCAUCAACCUUGGAAUCUAAGACCUUAGAAGAUGAUGAUUCGACAGAAAAAAUACGCCUCGCAUCCCUACAUAUUGAAGCUAAAGAGACUCUUCCAGAGGAAACGACUGGUGAAGCAACCCUGCCCAAAGACACAUCUGAAAUGGAAACAACUUUGCCCGACGACACGUUUGAGGCGGAAACUACCAUUCCAGAGGACUCAAUAGAAGCCAAAUCCGCUUUAGCAGGAAAUUCGACUGAAAUUGAACCAGCUUUUGCAGGCAAUUCGACUGAAGUUGAACCAGCUUUUGCAGGCAAUUCGACUGAAGUUGAACCAGCUUUUGCAGGCAAUUCGACUGAAGCUGAAGUAACCCUUCCGGGCGAAACCAGCGAAGCUGAGCCAACUCAACCUGACGAAUCUACUAAAGUCGAAUCCAUUCUACCGGACGACACUACUGAACUCAAUGAAGCUCGUCUAGCAGAAACAACCAAAGACGAAAAAACUUUGGCAGACGAAGAGGAGAUAUCAGAGAUUACAAAUAUAGUCCAACCCGAUGAUAUAAAAUACCCACCAGUACGCAUUUGUGCUGAAAGUUUAGAGUCCGAUUCCGAUGACGAUGUGAUGGUUGUAGAUGACUCUAAUAUGGAUAUUUCAGACUCAGAUUCAGAAGUGGAGUCAGUUCCGAUCCCGAAAGAUAAAGACACCUUAGACAUCAUUAAGGACCUGCUGCAGAGUGCAAAUCCUUUAAAUAGCCUGCCAACCAGAGGCGAUACGGUUAUGUUUAAACUGCAGAAAAUCAAGGGAAACGAAAGCUCAGGAACAACCGAGUUUAUCGCCGGAAACUGCACCUACGUCAACCGCCGUACCAAAGUCGUUACAGUGGAAACUAUCACCUGCCCCCCCGGAAUCGGACGUAUAUUAAACCAAUAUUGUAUGAAGGGCUUAGACGAAUCUUCUGAAGUAGUGGGUUCUUUAAGUGUUCAUCUUAGAGACAUGCUAGAGGCAAAAAUCAUUGUAGCCACAAUCGAAUGAUUAUGUAUACAUUAUUGUGUUCUAUUUCCAGGUGUUCGUAUUUGUAUAUUAUUUAAAGUAUAAACGAUUAAACAACAUUUAGAUGUA